CAUGGACUCAGUCAUGGAGCUGGACGUGCUGAUCUACCCCGAUGAGGUGCGGGUAGUUACCCCCGAGGACCUUCACCAGUGGGAAUUGGAGACCGCCAGUCAGGCGUCGACGCCUGCUUUGGAGCCUCGACUCUUUGUGGCGCUUUACCCGUACAAUCCUGCCGCCAUGUCGCCCAACCCAGACACGGCAGCUGAAGAGCUGCCCUUUGUGCCUGGCCAGAUCAUCAAGGUUUUUGGAGACAAGGACCUGGAUGGCUUCUAUCACGGAGAAUCGGGCGGCCUUUCGGGUUAUGUUCCCAGUAACUUAGUGGCCGAAGUCCCGGUGGACGACCAUUAUCUAAAACAUCUUCUCAUGCAGCAAGGAUUCAUACCCGUAGACCAAACAGGAAUGUCUUUAACUCCUGACGUGAGUGACGUGUCCAGUGUUCCUGAAGAUGUGAUCGUACGCCGCAUGGUGGCCUUGUUCGACUACGACCCUUGGGAAAGUUCGCCCAACGCUGACAGCGAAGUUGAAAUGGGCUUUCGUUCAGGUGACAUCAUCUACGUGUUGGGUGACAUGGAUGCCGACGGGUUCUACUACGUAAGGGUCAUUCACCCCUUUUGUUCUUUGUUUGAUUUCUGGACGAAUAAAAUGUCUUUCCAGGGCGAUCUGCAAGGACGCCGAGGUUUGGUGCCGUCCAACUUUCUGCAGCCGCUACCGUGGGAUUAAUGGGUUUACAGUCACUUCUUUUUUUUAAUUUUUUUUAUUUUUUUACACAGCACUAUUGUGUAAUUUAAACAAAAUACCUGAUUGAAAAGGGUGUUGUUAUAGCCUUAAGCAAAACUUUUUGGUGUUUCUUUCUGUAUACAAUAUUUAUACAUUUUGUAUUUUUUGCCUCUUUUUACAUGAUGUUAUACUUUUACUUAAUAAUUAUAUUAUAUAUCUAUUAUGACUUUUUUAAUGUGUACUUUAUACACUGGACAGAAUUUCUGUUUGUGCUAGGAUCCAGUUAUUUGGAGUAGAUUAGUUCCAAAAAAAUUACACAACCCAAUUAAUUAGAAUGUAAUCAUAUACGGCUUUUGCAAAUAAAGACCAAGCAAAAUUAAUGCAUUUUGUGUACAUAUCAUUUUAUUUGCUGACAUAAAAAAUGCAUGACUUCCUUUUUUUUUUUUUUUUUUUUUUUAAUGUUCACAUUAAAAAAUAUAUAUAUCACAUUUAAAUAAUUUAAAAAAAAAAAAAAAUUCACAAAAAGAAGUGUACUGCCAUACAUAAAAUCUUUGUAUAAAAUACAUACAAAUAAAACUAAUAUUAAAAAAUAUUCAAAAAUUGGCAUUGCAUUUUAAUGCAAAUUAAUAAUAAGAUAGAACAGAAAAAGACAAUUUGUGUUGCGACUUUUUUAGAAAAAAAUAUUAUUUUAAUUUAAUA